CAGCGAGCCGGCGAUCGCCCCGGUCGCCUCGAAAUUACUCGUAGCUGCAACGUGUGUUGGUGAAAGCUAGAAGGCUGUCCUGGCGUCAUUGUCUGUAGGAAGGGCUGCCCCUUUUCUGCGCCGUCGUCAUCGAAUGACAGGCCUGGAGGGAUGAAAGCAUGUGUCUCGUGUGUAUUAUUGACCUGCUAUGUCAGUAUUGAUGCAGCAACACGUGAGGCGGUGAGCGCGCCCAUGCAUCCGAACGCUGGCAACGUGCGAACUACAACUGCAACAGGUAAAAGCAGUUCGAGGUUCCUUACCGCUUUUUCUUUGUGCUGUGCGACGAGUGGACGACGGGUAGAGACCGCCGUUGAAAGCAUGUGGUACGGCGCAACCAUGCUCAAAUCAGGCCGCGAAGGAAAAACAAUUGGACCGUGGGCUGCGACGGGCAAUCGAGUCCAGUUGUGAAGCAAGUCUGGGCCAUGCUAGAGAAAUUACCGGAG